AACACGCGUGACAUACCGCGUUGUGUUUGUUCAGUCAAUUAGGCCUUAGGAGCUCAAAGGACGCCCGCUUUCACCUUUCGCGUCGUGAUGUCCGAGUCAAUUCCUGUCCAAUGGAUAUCGCAGUAUAUCAUCAAAGUGGCCGAAACCUGUGGAAAGUCAUUUACUGAUGUCCCUCUCGAAGCCAUAUCACCUAGCAAGAAGAAGAGAGUUCAAAUACUCGAAUUUUUAACAUACAACCCAGACGCAGCAAUAUGGGGGAGAGUGUCCGAUAAGGAAUACAGUAUUCCCGUGUGUUUCACUAAAGACGCCGUGUUGCAAUAUAUGAAGGAUUUGCAAGGUCGAAGGCUCACAGAAGCAAAGCAUGCCAUCUUUCUCAUUGGGCAAUUUCGCCCCAUCUUCGUACGAAUUCCUGUUGGAAAUAAUCGUUCGAAUUCGAGCGAGGUCCCUCAUAUAGCUCUAGAAGCUGGUGUUGUUAAAUUUGUUGGCUCUGGUUUAGACGUUUUCGGUUCGCCGCAGGAUGUUGAAAUGAACUCUCGAGUGAAGGCAUGGGUCCGCGGACUCCGACAAGGCGGCAAUGGCGGGGAUGUCCUAAAGCGUGUUCAACAAAAUGCAGCAGAUUCACAACUCCAGGAAAUCUGUCCAGCCAUCAACCGUGUGGAAGCACCUCCCAUGCUUCAGGCUCGGGAACCAGAACGCAAUUCACCCCAUAUCUCGCCAGAACGUCCUGUCCGAAGGGCCGAUCUGAUGAGGGAAUAUCGCAAGCGCUGGGCACAUAUCGAGAACUUGGAAGAUAUCUCGACAGCUACAAUAGAUCCUUGUGAUGGUGACGAUGUGCAAACGCUCGCUGGUGAACAACCUCAAAUGGGCCAGCUUCCUGUUGAAGAGUGUGUACCUCCUGAUGCUGUGGUCGUUGUCGCAAGAUCUCAACCUUGUACCCCACCGCGCACAUGUACACGUACACCUGAGCAAGACAUAAAUGAGCAGACCACACCCAGAACCUCAGAAUGGCCUUCAUCUGCGCCCGGAAGCCCUACUGGAGUGCUGCCAUCUCCAGCUCAUGAUAGAGACGACGAUCUUCCAAAUCACUGUGUGAACGCAGGAGCUUCUCCGGAGGAAAAUGGUCCCUUACACGAACCAUCCACACCCUCUGCUACUUCGCCCCUUCGCCCGCCCACACCCGCGCAGCGCAUUAGACGGUCAAGUCUUCAUCCAUCCCCUUUAGAUUCGUCCCCCAUACCUGCACCACCUUCCUCAUUUCCUACCCACAUUCGUAGAAACAUAAAGAGAAGAGUUCCUCACCCUGGUGUACCGCUGUUACCAGCCGAUCACUCAGGUCCAACUCAGAUUCUCGUCCCCAAUUCUGAUACUUCAGGAACUCAAUCUCAGUCUCAAUCUCAACCACAGUCGGAACCUUCAUCACAACUGUUCUCCCAAUCACAGUCACAUCGACCCCCGUUUCCAUCCCAGCUGACGCAAGAAUUCAAGCCAGGACCAACGUCGACACCCGCUGCUGUCAAACAGAGCCUCUCUGGCACGGAUCGUGGAGCUUCGUUAAUGCCUCUAGAUGACCAGCUCGGUCAUUGGGGCGGUGAUCGUGCUUCUUCUCCGGGUGUCAUCAACUGGGACGUUCAUGAGAGUCUCGGCCAUGGCGAUCAUCAACCAUCCGACACCAACCCAGAUGCACAUCGAGUCCUACAACAAUCGACGACUGAAGAUCCUGAUACGAUGGAUGUUGACCCGGUCGAUGGCAUUGAGAUUCCCGCUGCUGUGCAUACCACUCCUUCACAAGUACCCGGAGACCCAUUGGACAGACACAAACCCAUGAGGGACACCUCACCGCAACCCUCCGAUUCGUCUAUGCAUUCAUUGUUCUCUGGUUCCCCUAGCUUUUCACUAUCCCAGUCCGAAGUCAUACCCUCCAUUGUACCCCGAACAACCUCAGGCGAACCAACAAGUCAGGCCCCUUCACACGAUGCAGAGGCUUGGAAGGCACCCAGUUUCAUGAGCUCUCGGAAGGGUAAAGGCAAGGCUAUAGAAGUGCUUGACAAGACAUCCGGGAUAUACAAAAGAAGACGGGCGUCGCCCACAUUUUCGUCUCCACUGGCUUCUCACAAGCGCAGAAAAAAUGUGGUGGAUGAAACGGAACCUGGGCCCGCAAGACCUGUCGAUGAAGACGAAAGAGUAAUAUCCACCGUCCCAAACGGGAAGAGCAACCACGCCGUCGCAUUGGAUAUUAAGCAGUCACACAAAGAGACUCCAAAUACCAAACAAUCAUCUUUACGCAGGAUAUCCAAAGAUUUAAGCCAAGUACGGGACGCGUUGCUCCCCCAGAGCAACGACAAGAAGCGCAGGAUACGUUUGAUGGGCUACCAGGUCGACUUUGAGAAUAUUCCUAUCAAAGCUGAAUCUUCCAGUCCAAUGUUGAGCCUGGGACGUUUGCAUGCCAUCAUGCUACGAACCGGAAGAGUACGGACGCUUGGUGACGUGGUGACCAAAGAUGGAAAUAUAUUUAUGAAGUCUGAUUAAUUUGAUGUCCUGUUCAAAAUCCACGUUGAUUAGUAGUAGGCAAUAUAUGGGGAGUUGGAUGCUUUGAUGCUAA